GAAGCCUCGGUGAUAGCCAUAAAGAGGUUGGGUGGUGAUAAAUCAGUAUCUUUUCGAAGAUACAGCAUACAUUUGCAAGUUCUAUCGUUGUCUAAAGCUCAGUUUUAUCAGCAAACCUUUAUUGUCGGCUUUUUGCAAAUCAGUUGUUUGUCAAUAUCAGCAACAUCCAGUGUACGACAGUCCGUGCAUCGUCAGCCAACUGAGAACAAUGGGGUCGAGCAAUCGGCCCUUAUCAUCAUGGCUGUCACUAGCUACUCUAAUUGCUACUCUGGCUGUUGUGAGCCAAUGCGUCGAUAUGCUGGAGAUGGAUGCGCAUGCGUCGUUGACUUUCUGCGAGAUUCAUGUACUUCCUCGAGGAUACAAUUGCGAAGAGCAUGAGGUAUAUUCGGAGGAUGGUUACAUGCUUCGUCUGCAUCGGGUUACACUUCGGAGCAGCCUGGACAAGUCUGUGUGGGAAUGGCUGGAGCCGGAGCUCCGACAUAAGCACAAGCACAUGGGGCCCUUCCCUGGGUUCAAGAAACCACGGCCAGCUCCUGAGGCUGUACCCUCGUACACAAGUCCUAGCAGCAGGUCCGAAAGUCCACCAUCUCCAAGUCCUCCUCCUUCCUCCUUCUCGCCUACAGGUGAAGGAGCAUAUGAAGGACCAUCUCCGCCGUCGUCCUCCUACUCUCCACCUGGUGGUUAUGGAGGUUCCAGUCUUCCGUCCUCCUCCUCGCCUCCAAGUGAAGGCGCAUAUGGAGGACCAUCUCCGCCGUCGUCCUUCUACUCUCCACCUGGUGGAUACGGAGCUCCUACAGGCGCAAGCACAUAUGGAGGAUCGAACUCAGCUCCAUCGUCUUACUCUCCCCAGGCAGCCACUGGAUAUGGGGCACCCAGUCCCGCCGGUUCUAGGAACUCACCACCAAGUGCCGGCGCAAUAGGAGGAGGAUCUCCAUCUCCCAGGUCCUUCAACCCUCCUCCUGCCUCUGGCGGAUAUGGAGCACCGAGUCCUCCUGGUACGGAGCCAUAUGGAGGAGGAUCCACACCGCCGCCUUUCUACUCUCCUCCCACUCCUUCAGAAUCGAACUCUCCACCAGGUGCAAGGAAUUACGGAGAGGGAUCGUCAGGACCAUCAACAUCUGCUCUCUCCCCACCACUUGGUGGAUCCGGAUUCGGAGGCUCGCCACCAUCGUCAACGAGCUCUUCACCGAAUGGGUCAGUAGGAUCUACUUCCAGUUCCAGUGCUGAAUGUCCACCAGGCUUGUCCUCGCCGAACAUUGCAAGGAGGGGACUUACUAGCAGCAAUGGCCGAGAGCAACCUUGGACUCGAACCCGAAAUGCAGAACUCAUCGACCGGGAUCCGGUUCUGCUCAUGCACCACGAGCUUUUCAAUGGGGGCAGCUGGUUCACGCCCGUGGCCACCGAGAACGACACUCUGCUCCCGCUCAGGCUCGUGGACCAGGGCUUCGAUGUGUGGAUCGGUCACGAGCGGGCGACGCUCUGGAGCCACGAGCAUCGGAAGCUUACUCCCAACGAUGCUGCGUACUGGAACUGGACAUGGGAUCAGCAUGUAGAGCACGACGUUCCAAAGCUGCUGACAUACAUCAGCGACGAGACUGGCUCCAGAGUGCAUUACGUCGGCGUCUCUCUGAGCGCUGCAGUCGGGGCAGCCGCAGCCACGAACGCGGGCGUCGCCAUUCGCAUGAAAACUCUGACCCUGAUAGCUCCCGCCGUCUAUCGGGGGAAGACUACUUCAGUUUUCCUGCAAGCCUGGGAUCCUAUUCUAUUUCCCUCGGCCUUAGGCACGAGCGACGACGAAUGGCACGACCGCAGGCUCGGUGCGUUCAACUUUCCGAGGGAGCUUCAUCUAGAUGCCAUUCCAUUGACCGGCCCCGCUUCUCGUCUGCGGUUCGCCAUUUCGGGCCCCGAUUGUUGCCUGGGUCCGAGUGUGCUCUCGCUCGCCAACGGGUGGGAUGGAGUGACGUCGUACAAGAAUCUCGAGCACCUCCAUCAGGGAGUUUCGACGAAUACCUUUCAGCACUUCGACUACGGAUCCGCAGCCUUGAAUGCGCUGGCAUACGAGGGCAAAACCGACCCUCCGACUUACGAGCCGAAAGAUAUUCCCAACGACCUUCCGAUGUUGGUGGUUUACGGAGGGCAGGAUUUAUACUCGCCUCCCGAAGGUGCGCUGGAAUUCAUGAGCUUGACACAGACUAUGCCUCAGUCAGUGUACCUGCCUCACUACGCACAUUUCGAUCUAUCUCUGAGCCUGCACCGAGCGGACGAUGUGUAUGGGCCGAUCACAGCCUUUCUUCAAGACCAAUACGGACCUGAAGAACCUUACUACUGAUCAUGUAACCAAUGUAUCGAUAGGACGAUAGCGAUAAUAGAUAUAUCAAUCAGCAGCAGAUGUUGCCAGAAGCGUCAUGACUUCAUGAAAUUGGACGAUUAGUCCCAUUAGUAGUGUAUAGCUAUAGGUAGUGGUUUACAGUAAUAUGGGCAGCAGCUGUUGCCCAUACGAUAUACAAGUGGAGAUAGCUACAAUUUCUUGAGUACAAUUUACUAGGCCGAUCACAACCUUUCUCCAAGACCAAUACGGCUCUAAGACCAGUAAGGAUAUGAAGAACCCUACUACUGAUUAUGAAACUUAUUAAUCGAUAGUCCCAGUAGUAGUGGUUAGUGAAAAUAGAAAUAUCAAUCAGCAGCUGUUGUUGGAGAGGUUUAUGCCUUCAAUCGUACGAUUAGUCCCAGUAGUAUAUAGAGUUAUAGAUAUCUUAAUGAGCAGGAAAAGCUGUUGACCAUAUGAUAUUCAUGCGGAGAUAGCCACAAUUUACUGAGUACUUUACGUAGAAUAAACUCUUACGGGUUAUGUUCCAUUUCACAUCGGAGGGUCUAUCCAUUCAGAACCUGUGAACAACUCACUUGUGCUCUCGUUCUCUCUAACAUUCAGGAAAUCAAUAAAAUUGUGCAGUAUCUAUCUUUUGAUUUGGAAAAC